GCCCCUGAGGGAAUCUGUGACCUCAGACUUGAACAGCCACCUGGGGGCGAUGUUUGUCCCAUCAUUUAUUCUUCUCUAACUUUCAGCAGCUUGCUGAGGUAAGAAUUCUUUCCAUCUUACAAGAGGAUCCAAGGAGGUGUCCCAUGCACCCAUAGCAUCUUCGCAGGGAUUUGGACCCAGGCCUGCCUGCCUGGAAGCCUGGGCUUCUGUUCUUGGCCGAACUGUCUCACUGCCACUGGCUUCCACCCGCUCGUCCAAAACAGCUCUCCCUUGGCCUGAAGGACACUGUGACGUCCUUGUUAUGUCACCCGCUCAGUCACAACUGGGCCGAGAACAGAGUGUGGCCCGGCCCACUGGGUCCCCAGGGCAGCCCCACCAGCGCAGCCCAGGCAGGCCUGGCUUAGCCACGCACGCACCAUGAGGUACCCCCUGGUGCCGCUGGUGAGCGACCUCACGUUUUCUUUCCUGGUGCUCCGGCUCUGCCUGCCCGUGAGCUUGCUGUUGGUCCUGCUGAUCGUCCGGCUCCGCUUCUUACUGAGCCAAGAUUCAGAGGAAAAUGACUCAGAUUUAUGCUUUGACUGGGAGCCCUGGAUCAAAGGUCCAGCCCAGUUUUGCUGGGAGGUACUCCGUAGCUAAAAGGAGGAGAGGCCCUGCUGCCUGGCUUUCCUGGAGUCAGCGGAGGGGUGGUGGUGGUAACCGAGGUGGAUGGGAGAGACUCACUGGUGCGGGAAGAGGACUCUGGCGAGGGAGGUGCUUCCCUGGGGUCCCCAACUCCCCUCCUGCACCGAUGGACUCAGGAAAGCCUCCAGAGGACCCAGCUCCUCUCUCACUACAGAUGAUCUCCCAGGGUCCCUGGGGAGGAGCCCGAGCCUGUGAAGAUGGGAUAGGCACUUGGGGAGAAGUUGGCCACCUGAACUCAGAUGAGGUCCUAGGACAGGGCUGGGCCAGAAGGUGUGGGUCCGUAUUAAAGAGACGAAGGGGUUCCUGUGCUCAGGAGACCCCUGAUAAACACACUGGGCCUAGGCAUUCAUUUAACAAGCUGUGGGCUCUGGGUCCAACCCCCGGCACUGACUCCAACCGUCCUUGACCAUCUUUGGGAAUGCCUGACUCUCUCCCACCCUUUCAAAGGGUUGGGGGAUCUUGCCCUCAGCUCCCAUUCUAAAAUUUCACACUCCUUGAUUCGCCUUUAGGUUGACUUCAAUAACAAAUACUCCUUUUAUAAAUACAGAGCGGCUACCAUAUGCCUAGUUAUAAAAAUAGCUCACAUUUAGUGAACAUCUACUGUGUACCAGGCGCUUUUCCAUGUGCCUUAUACAGGGGUUUUAUCCCUCACCAGAAUUCUAUGAGGUAGGGUCUUUGGUUAUCCCCGUUUCACAGAUGGGGAAAAUGAGGCACAGAACGACCAAGUGUCUGGCUUGGAGCCAUGCCAGGGGAGUUGGGGUUUGAGCCGAGGCCCCGACUCCACUGUGCCGGGUCUUCUCCAGCGUCGGGUGUGGGGGACGUGCAGGGGAGGCAGGGUUCUGCCCUUUGAAGAAAUCCCCUGUCCUUACACCCUCACUGGCUGCCCAGGGGCAGCAGAGUUGAUGGCAGGAGAAGGGGACUAACCCUCCUGGGGUCCCUUCCUCUGCCACCCCACAUCCCACCAGUCAUCACAAGGCUCUUCAACUAUCCAGAGGAGAGAGAAAGGAGACUAAAUUAUUAGCUUGUCUGGAGUUUGGUCUCCCCAGCUCCGCUUUUUCUGCCCUGUCCGAACAAUUCAUCCAAAACACACAUUGGAACAUGUCCUUCCCCCUGCUUAAAGCCCUCUACGGCUCCCUAUUGUCCUAGGGCUAAAGUCUUGAGUUCCUUGUGUGGUGUAGAGAGUUGCCCUUUGGGAGCCGAGCCCUACUAAAUUUGCUGGACAAGGUUUCUGUUCCUACCGACAAGGCUACGGUGAACACCCUCGAACUUUUAUCUUGGCAUAAGUGUGCUUCUAUCUAAAGGAUAAAUCCCGGGAGGAGAAAUUGUUGAAUUUAAGAUCUAUGUGUUCACAUGAGAGACGAUGGACUCUCAGAAACAAACUGAGGG